CGAAUUUGUAUUGGAGUGAGAAUGAGAGAGUUGGAUUCACACUUCACUGCAUCAAACCUUACUCGAUAACAGAUAACGAUCUCUCUCUCUCUCUCUCUCUCUCUCUCUCUCUCUCUCUCUCUCUCAUGGCGACCUCUGCAACACCUUCAAUCUCCUUCUUUUCAUCCUCGCUCUUCCUCCCACCUCCUCACCAAAACCCUAAACUCCUCUCAGUCUUCAAAACCCCCAAUUGGUUAAAACCCCUCUCAAUUAGUCGCACCUCUCGCGCACAACCCACAUCAAUCCGCUCGGAAGCGACGACACUGCCGGUCCUUUCCUUCGACGGCGCCAGAAUCGGAGAAACCUACCUCGAUCUCAAGUCGGCACCGCCUGAUACGGCUCGUGCCGUCGUCCACCGCGGCAUCAUUACCGACCUCCAGAACAAGCGGCGAGGCACCGCGUCCACUCUGACCAGAGGCGAAGUGCGCGGCGGCGGCAAAAAGCCCUACCCCCAGAAGAAGACCGGCCGCGCCCGCCGCGGGUCCCAGCGGACGCCGCUCCGGCCUGGCGGCGGCGUCGUGUUCGGACCCAAACCCAAGGACUGGAGCAUCAGGAUCAACCGCAAGGAGAAGCGCCUCGCGCUGUCGACGGCGCUUGCGAGCGCCGCAGCCGCGGAAAACGCCUUCGUGGUGGAGGAUUUCGCGGAUAGGUUCGAGAGGCCGAAGACGAAGGAGUUCAUUGCGGCGUUGAAGAGAUGGGGUAUAGACCCGAAGGAGAAGUCGAUGUUUUUGUUGACGGAGGUUUCGGAUAAUGUGAGGCUGUCGAGCCGUAACAUCGGGACUCUGAAGAUUUUGACGCCGAGGACGCUUAACUUGUUCGACGUCCUGAACUCGGAUAAGCUAGUGUUUACGCGGGCAACUGUGGAUUAUUUGAAUUCAAUGUAUGGGUCCGAGUACGCAGGAGAGACUGGAGACGAAGAGGAAGAGUAUGAAGAAGAACAAGGAGAAGAAGAAGAAGAAGGGACUGACGAAGAUGAAAAUUCUGAUGCAACGGAGUGAUGAUUGUGGGAGAGAGAGACAGAGCCGCCAACCAUUUGUUGUGAUUUGCAAGGAUCCAUCCAUUCCAGGUAACCCUGAAGAGUGGCCCGAUCGCUAGAACCAACAGCCAUUUAUGUUGUAAACUCAACUUCUUCUUACUGCAGGCUGGUUUGCUUCUUUGUACUAACAAUGCACAUUUUUCUACAUGAGAGUGCUUCCUUCGGGUCAUCUACCCUAUUGUCUCAUUUAUCAUUGCUUUCUUGUUGUAGGAUGUCUUUUUCUGUAUAGUUUCCCACUAUAGAAGGAAGAAAAUGGGUAAAAAGCUUUGUAAUAGGUUAACCCAUUUGCAGUUUAUUGCUUUGUUGUUUUUUAUUGCUUUUUCUCAUUUAUGCAGACCGUUCUACAGCUUAGUCACUGCAA